AUGAAUCUUAAAAAAAUCAAAAUCAAUACAAGCAGUGAUCGUGGUAGUAAAAAAGAUGAAUAUUUCAAAUUAAAGAGAUUUAAACCCGUUGUCAAGUCCGUGUUUUUUGUCAGAAGUCUAGUUAAAGGUUUAAAAGAUGAUUUAAUUGAAGAAUUGUCAAUAAACGACAUCCAAGUUUUUACAUUUUUUCCAUACAUUUCCAAAAAAAGUGAUGAACAUAAAAACGAGGAACAUGAAAAUAAAGAUCAAGCUACCGCGUUUCGAGUCUUCAUCGAUAAAGAAGAUACAGACAAAAUGCGCAAACCAGAAAUUUUUCCAUCGCAGGUAGUAGCACUAUAUAAAAAUAGAAACGACAAACGAGGCGGAGGUGUUGGUAUGUUCAUAAAGCAUGACAUCAAAUAUGUUGUUAAUGACGACAGUGCAUUUGAUUAUGAAAAUAUCGACGUUCUUUGUGUGAACAUUGAAACAGGGCAUGCCUCAUCUAGAGGUUAUGGGACCCAGAUAACGUUUUUCUUAAUUAAUUGA